ACUCCGCUGGCCGCGGCUGCCCGUGCUCGCGAGCGCGCUCUGCUCAGCUCCGACGGCCCGGGCCGCGAUCCGUCCGCGGGUCCCGCUGGAUCCCUCCGCCGCGCCAGGCCCGUCCGGGCGCCGCGCCCAGCCUCGCAGCGGGUAACGGCCGGCCUGGGCGCAAGCACAGGAGGCGGCAUGGCCGGGGCGGCUCCGUCGGGGGGCGGCCCGCACUGACAGACCCUGCGGCGCGCGGGGAGAUGGGGGCGGCCGCCUCCCGGGCGACGACGACGACGACGAGGAGCGGCCGCCGCCGCUGCCGCGCACCGGCCGCCGCUGGGGACGGGCGCGGGCAGGGCGCCUCCCCGUGAGCGGCGGCCCCGAGGCCGCUCGCCGUCCCCGGCCGCCCGGGCCGCGGCCCCGGCUCCGGCCGCCGCGGGGCCCCUGGCGGGCGGCUCCCCCGGCCCGCGCGCGCCCGGCCCGCGCCCCGUUCGCGCGCGCGCGGCCUCGCCCGGCGCCCGGCCGCGGCCCUGCGCGCCCCCCGGCCGCCCGCGCGCUGCUCCCGGGCCCGGCGGCGGCGGCGGCGGCGGCGGCGGGCGCGGCGCGGGCGGCAGCAUGGUGGAGAAGCGUUGCCCGUUGCAGAGGGACGGCGUGUACCGCUGGUUCUCUGAACUGCCGUCGCCGCAGCGUGUGGAGUUCCUGUGCGGCCUGCUGGACCUGUGCAUCCCGCUCGAGUUGCGCUUCCUCGGCUCGUGCCUGGAGGACUUGGCACGCAAGGACUACCAUUCGCUGCGCGACUCGGAGAUCAAGGCCAACAACCCGGCCGACCUGGGCAGCCUCACCAACCUGACGGACGAGGUGGUGCGCAGCAAGCUGCUGGUGUCGCUGGCCCUGCUGGGCUCGGAGCAGCGCGAGGCGGCGGGCGUCUUGUACCGCACGCUCACGCACACCGACUCCAUCAUCCACAACUACGGGCUGCAGCUCAACGAGGGUCGCACGGGCGAUGAGUUCCUCCUGCUCUUCACCAUGGCCUCUAACCACCCGGCCUUCAGCUUCCACCAGAAGCAGGUGCUGCGCCAGGAGCUCACACAGAUCCAGAGCAGCCUGAACAGCGGCGGUGGCGGCGGCGGCGGCGGUGGUGGCGGUGGCAAGAGCGCGCCCGGGCCCAGCGGCGCGCUGCCCACCUGCUCGGCUUGCCACAAGAUGGCUCCCAGAACUGAGACCCCUGUCAGCAGCAUCAGCAACAGCCUGGAGAAUGCAUUGCAUACGUCAGCACAUUCCACGGAGGAGUCCCUGCCCAAGAGGCCUUUGGGAAAACAUGGCAAAGUGAGUGUUGAAAAGAUAGACCUGAAGGGGUUGUCACACACGAAAAAUGACAGAAGUGUUGAGUGUUCCUUUGAGGUCUUAUGGUCUGAUUCUUCAAUAACAUCAGUAACAAAGUCUUCCUCAGAAGUGACUGAAUUUAUUUCAAAGCUAUCCCAGCUCUGCCCUGAAGAGAACUUGGACAAACUCAUUCCUUGCUUGGCUGGCCCAGAUUCCUUCUAUGUGGAACGUAACCAUGUUGAUUUGGAAGCAGGCCUAAGGUUCUUGGCUUCAGCCCCUUCUCACACGCUGAAGCACGACCACGUUAGGAAGUUCUUCAGUUCUUCAUCUCCCUCCCAACAGCUCCAAAGUCCAAGUCCUGGCAACCCCUCCCUUCCUAAAGUGGGUGCCGUGAUGGGUGUGUCUGGAAGGCCUGUGUGUGGCGUGGCUGGCAUCCCAUCCUCACAGAGCAGCGCCCAGCACCAUCUGCAGCACUCGGCUAGCACAUCUGCCUCCCUGCCCCACUGCUCCCACACAGGGGGCACAGGCUCAGCGCUGGCAUACCGGACCCAAGUGGACAACUCGCCUACCAUCCUUAUGCCCUCCAGUCUGCAGACCCCUCAGCCCCAGGAGCAGAAUGGGAUUUUAGACUGGCUUAGGAAGCUGCGCUUGCACAAGUAUUACCCUGUCUUUAAACAGCUCACCAUGGAGAAGUUCCUGAGCCUCACGGAAGAAGACCUGAAUAAAUUUGAGUCCCUCACCAUGGGAGCAAAGAAGAAACUCAAGACUCAGCUGGAGCUCGAGAAGGAGAAGUCAGAGAGACGGUGCCUCAACUCCUCGGCCCCAUCCUUGGUCACCAGCAGCGGAGUGGCUCGAGUCACCCCCACCAGCCACGUGGGGCCUGUGCAGCCUGGGCGUAGUAGCAGCCACGCUUCAGAGCUGCGGGUGGAGGUGGAGCCGCCGGCUCACCAGCUGCCCCGAGAGGGCAGCUCCUCCGAGUACUCCAGCUCCUCCUCCAGCCCCAUGGGUGUGCAGGUUCGCGAGGAGAGCUCAGACAGCGCCGAGGAGAGCGACAGACGUGUGGACAUCCAUGUCGAGGGGACUGAGAAGGAGAAGCCCGUGAUGCUGCUGGCUCACUUUCCGUCCAGCUCUGCGAGACCCACGGCCCAGGUUCUGCCUGUGCAGAACGAGACCGGCUCCAGCCCUGCCGCUCACCACCCUCUGCCCCCGCAGCUCAUGCCUGCAGCCUCCCACCUGGCGCCUGUCCGCAUGCUGAACUCCGUGCACAAGUCAGACAGGGGCGGAGCGGACGUGAAGCUCCUCUCGUCGUCUGUCCACUCCCUUCUGUCUCUGGAGGAAAGGAACAAGGGCCCUGGUCCUAGAAGUGGCACGAAGGUGGACAAGAGCUUUGGUGGUGCUGUGCUGGACCCACUGCCCUCGGCAGCACCCCAUCCACCAGGGCAGGGCCUCUCGGGCCUUGUAGAGAACAACGCGGUGUCACCUACCGUCUCCUUUGGUCCCCGGGCCAAAGUUGUGCAUGCAGCCACACUGGACAGGGUGCUGAAGACAGCACAGCAGCCAGCCUUGACUGUAGAGAGCAGCUCAGCUACCACAGGGACACCGAGCACCGUCCUGCAUGUGGCCCGGCCACCCAUCAAGCUGCUGCUGGCUUCCUCUGUGCCCGCGGAUGCUGCCAUCGCCGGGCAGACUUCUUGUCCCAACAACGGGCAGAUCAGCGUGCCCCCUGCAAUAAUGAACCCCCGGACUGCUCUGUACACAGCCAACACCAAAGUUGCCUUCUCUGCGGUGAGCAGUGUGCCUGUGGGCCCACUGCAGGGCAGCUUCUGCGCCAAUAGCAACACUGCCUCCCCCAGCAGCCACCCCUCCACUUCUUUUGCGAGCAUGGCCUCUCUACCCAGUUGCCCAGCCCCCAGCUCCAGUCCCGCCCUCUCUUCUGUCCCCGAAAGCAGCUUCUACAGUGGCGGUGCUGGCAGCAGCUCCCCAGGAAACAUUCCUGCCUCAAGCCAGAGCCACCACCAUCACCACCACCAUCAGCAGCCCCCCGCACCCCCCCAGCCUGCACCGCCCCCACCUGGCUGCAUUGUCUGCACGUCCUGUGGGUGCAGUGGCAGCUGUGGCUCCAACGGCCUGACGGUCAGCUAUGCCAACUACUUCCAGCACCCGUUCUCAGGGCCGUCCGUGCUCACCUUCCCUUUCUUGCCCUUCAGUCCCAUGUGUGGCAAUGGCUAUGUCAGUACCCAGCAGUAUGGUGGUGGCUCUGCCUUUCCUGUGGUACACACACCCUACAAUGGCAGCGUGACUCCAGACCCCGUCCUAGGUGGGCAGUCCACGUUUGCAGUGCCACCCAUGCAGAACUUCAUGGCUGGGACGGCGGGGGUGUACCAAGCCCAAGGCCUGGUGGGCAGCACCAAUGGCUCCAGUCACAAAAAGAGUGGGAAUCUGUCCUGUUACAACUGUGGGGCCACUGGCCACCGAGCCCAGGACUGCAAGCAGCCGUCCAUGGACUUCAACCGGCAAGGAACUUUUAGGUUGAAAUACGCCCCUCCAGCAGAAAGUCUGGACUCCACGGACUGAUCCUUUUUUUUUUUUUUUGGCAACAGAACAUUUUAUUAAGCCAUGAAAAAUCACAUAGAGAACUGAAGUCAAGUUGCUGUGGCGCCAUGGAGACCUAAGGAAACCACAGAGAGCUGAAGUCGAGUGGCUGUGGAGCUUAAUGUUUUUAACCCAAAGGUGCUUUACUUAACUAUACUGGAGAGAGUCUAGUGUGCAAGUUCGUCAAACUCGAUUUCAUUGCCAAAUUCCUAGUCUUGGAGCUUGGUCCAAGGAUUGCCUAGUGGACAGCGCUAUGGCAUAUCGUGGCCGUCACACCAUCGCUGCAGCGUGAAGACCUGUCUCCUGAAGCUCGGUGGUCCUUCUAGGCUCACGUAAUUCCAGGGCAGCUAUGCACGACCUGAGUCAAGACUGCAGGUCGGGGUUCUCUCAAGUCCCCCAGUCGGAUCCGGGACCCCUUUCUGGGCUAGGAAGCGCCCGCUGGAUUUUGCUGUUUCCUAAAGUAGGAGCCUCCUCUCUGGCUUCUUAAGGAUUGCACUACCUGACACAGGCCUCUGCGGUCUGGGAGGCAGACUCUGCUGGGACCCGACAAUGUAGGGGACUCCCAUCGGUGGGCAUUGGAGUUGGCACCAGCAGGCUGCUCCGCCAAAUACACCCCGAAGUCGAUUGCAGGGUGUUCUGUAGACACUUGGAGCAGUUCCAGGUUUUUAAUAUCUUUUUCUGUAAACAGAUUUACACGAUAUAGUAAAUAAGUCAUAGCGCACUCUCGACAACUUCAUCUGUAAGGGUCCAGGUCCCAGGGGUCCGUUACCGACCGAGGCUGGAGACCACCCCUCCCGCUGGAGGCUUUGAGCCUGCUCUCUCCAAACAAGAACCAACUCUUGAAGACUGGGGGAUGACUCGGCUUUGUGGGUUGGCUGUGACUGACGCGCCUCAUUCUUCCGGAAGCUGGCAAGCUGUUGUCUCAAAUGGCUUCCCCAGGACCCCAGCCCCAGAGCUCACUGCUGAUGGAUUCAGACUUGACACAGACAUCCAGCAGUAAUGCAGACCUGUGAUUCAUGAACAAAAGACUGGAAACUGUCGGCUUCUUUUGUAUUAGGCUAUGUGUUGAUUGUUAAUUCCGUUAAAAUUGCCUGGAAAACUUCAGUAGAGAGAUGCAAGACUCCUCCUCGAAACCGCUCACCAGUUGCAGUCCAGACCGGGGUGGGGGUGGGUCCUCACUCCUCAGCAUGGUGUAAACGUUCGACACACCACAGCGGAGGCAUAAGGGACUUAAACCUCCCUCCGAGGUUAAAGGGAAUUUUAUGCUCAAAUAACAUUAUAAUGCUAAAGCCUUCGGUAUUAGAAAAUCGAUGGUAAUAUUCUGCCAAGGAUUUUCCAGCCUCCUCCUCAUGGAGAAGAAAAAUCAUAGUCCUUAAACAUUCUUCAGACGGGACAGUCACCCUCAUACAGAAUUAGUGUAAAUCACAAAAUGCCCCAGAACUGGAGGCGUUGUGAUCUAAGGCUUCAUCGUAUUCUAAGAUGGCUUUGUCUGUGGAGACCCACGGAAGGCGUGAGUGUUGUGGAUUCUAUGCAAUGCAGGAUCGGGAGACGGCUGUUCUGUCCAUGGCACAGUAUCACAUCUGUUCUGAGGGGAUGUGAUGAGGCGUUAGGGGAUGCUCUGUUGAUCUCUCACUCAGAAACACUACAAACGUCAAUACAAGAACUGACACAACUUUGCCUUAAAGAGCACCAGACUGGGAUUGGUCGUAUUGUGUUAAUAAGGAAGACUUAGAGUGUUCACUGAUGUUUACGAUUUUAAUAUUUCUGAAGGCCAUCACCGUGGCCUGGGUAUGUGCUGAAAGCCAAACUUUUAAAUUUUUUGGUUUUUUUAAACAAAGAAAUAUUUUAAAUAAAUCCUAUUUCAACACAGAAGUUGUUGAAAACUGUCUCAUAGCAAAAGAAAAAAAAUCAUAUUUAAGUUUUCUGUUUUGUGGUCAGUAUAGGGAAUGGAAGUGUCUUACAGCUGUUGACCUGAAAGACAGCAGUCUUCUGUGGCAACACCCACGUUACCUUGUGGCGGUCAGUCGAGGGGAGCUCCAGCACCAUCUCGGCUGUCCAGGCAGCAGAAGUCUGUGUCUGGAAGCUGCCGGCUGCCUUUGGAAGAGCUGUGUGGUGUGGCAUUUCUGUGAAGCCGAGCGACCGGCCAGCGAGGAUGAAAGGACCAUGGCAGCCUAGAAGCACAGGUGGAUGUUGGCAGGUGGGGCUCGCCCGCCCGAGAGCCUGGAGUCAGCCUGGCCAGCAGGCACUUCCUCAGCAGACGUCAUUGUCACACACCUGACAGACCAGCCCUUUCCCGUCAUUUCUCUAAAACUGCUCAGUCAGAUGGCAGUGGUGCCCAAGUGGGCUGGCCCAGGACUCCCAUCGUCAGAUUCCAAUCCUGUGUUAACAUCUCAGGGUGCAGAGGGGGAUUCAGAUAGGAAGGCGGGCACAACGCUGGAACCAACAGCUCUGUGACCUUUUUGUUGUAGCAAAAUAAUCCUUUUUCUACUUUCCUUUGUCGUUUUUAUUUCAUGGUCAAUAGUGAAAAUUAGAAAGUGUUUUAAUGCUGAGAACUCCUCUAACUGCUGCCGGGCAGGCACCGAGGGACAGGAGCGCUCACAAUGGAGACGGUUGCUCUUGAGCUAUGGUUGGGUGUCAGGAAACCAGUGGCAUGAUUAUCUCCAAAGAUGACAGCAGCUGGCCUCUCAGUACAGCACUCAGCAGUUUCCGUGUGGAACUCAUGAGGCUUCCAGUCGUUUCUGCAGGUCAGCCUGGCUUGUACCACACGCCGUGCACGUGUGCCAUGACAGUCCUGUGAGGACAGCCCGCUGGGAUCGGGUCUCACCCGCCUCUCUCCGUCCCUGCUGUUUGGUCUGAUGGGCUAGUUUUACAUCCAGCUAAUGGGUGACAUUACUUGCCGAAGUCUUAAAAGGUUGCAGGGACUUGGGCUGUCUGUUGAACCUCAUCCCAAGAACAGGCUUGGGGAACUUGAGUAGGGACAGCCAUCCUCUCCAAAAUGCAGGUGACUCCUAUAGAGCAAAUCGGGCGGCCCAAAAAACCAUCAGUCCAGGGAUGUGAUUGCUGACCGACCCUUCCCAGGGUUUCACUGAGAAUGUAGGCACCUGUAGUCAACACUUGGCAAUAUUUCAGAAACCACAUACUGUACUGGCAGGCCCAGGCCGGCGCACUGCUCUGCCACAAGGGGGCAGUAACACAGCCUUCAGCACAGGUCCGUCCCGGAGCACACAGAGGUGUUGGUACCAAGACUGAAACCUUCACAGAUUCUAUUGGGCAUAUUUUCUUUUUAGGAAUGAAGGACAAUUCUCCCAUUUUUGAGCCAUUCUUUUGUCAAUUCUACAAAAUUGCAUGUAACUUUAUAAAUAUUUUUAAAAGAUAUAGUUUUGUAAAUAUUUAAUAUUCUGCUAAUUUGAUUUUGAAUUGUAAAUGUCAAGUAUUCUGUUUUUGGGGUUUUUAUGUUUUAUUAUACUUUGUUAAAAAGGACAAAUUGUACAUUUUUAGACUGUUUUUAUGAGUAAAUUUAAUGUACGGAAAAUAAAAAUUAAAAAAAAAACUCAA